GCUGUAAACAAGGUGUGCAAGUGUCGGAAGAGCUGUCGGGAUGCAGCUGCCAAGAGGAGCAGCAGGAGGCUGUGGCUGCGCUCUCUUUCCACUGCUGAGCAUUCUAUUUGUCCAGGGUGUGCCUCCCACUCUCUCUCUGGAGAUCAGUGCAGAUGCCCAUGUCCGGGGAUAUGUUGGAGAGAAGAUCAAGUUGAAAUGCACCUUCAAAUCGUCUUCGGAUGUCACUGACAAACUGACCAUAGACUGGACAUACCGGCCCCCCAGCAGCAGUCGCACAGAAUCCAUUUUUCAUUACCAGUCUUUCCAGUACCCAACGACAGCGGGCACGUUCCGAGACCGGAUUUCCUGGGUUGGAAAUGUGUACAAAGGGGAUGCGUCCAUCAGCAUCAGUAACCCCACUCUGAAGGACAAUGGGACGUUCAGCUGUGCCGUGAAGAAUCCUCCAGACGUGUACCACAAUAUCCCCCUGACAGAGCUCACGGUCACAGAAAGGGGUUUCGGCACCAUGCUGUCCUCAGUGGCCCUGCUCUCCAUCCUCGUCUUCGUCCCCUCCGCAGUAGUGGUCCUUCUGCUGCUGGUGAGGAUGGGGAGGAAGGCAACGGGGGUGAAGAAGAGGAGCAGGUCUGGCUAUAAGAAGUCUUCCAUUGAAGUUUCCGAUGACACUGACCAGGAGGACAGCAACGACUGCAUGGCGAGGCUUUGUGUCCGCUGCGCGGAGUGUCUGGAUUCAGACUAUGAAGAGGCCUACUGAUGAAGUGUGUCUGAUGGAAGAAGGGUUACCUAACGACAGGAAAUAUCCCGUUUCCCUGACCAGGAGUGCCACUGGCAGGGACAGCAGUGACAGAAGAUUCUGAAGGUCAUUGGUGAAGACUUUAAGGACCAUUUAUUUAUUGAAGAAGUGUUCGUUUUAUAUUUAUAAACUGUUCAGAAACUUCCAGAAGGGACUCAGGCCUUCCCUUUUUUAACACACUUGGAUGGAACAAAGAAAUUCUAGUCUUGAACAGAAACACACCCCUUGGUUUACCUUUGCUCUUGAAUGUAGUUCGUGUUUUCUUCCAGUUGCCUGAAGGAGGAUACUAAACGUCUGUCACUCUGCUGAUGCCAAAAUUGUACUUUUUAAUGAUGUGGAACUUGUAGCUUCCUGAUGACGUGCCAAUGAACAACACGCUUGUUUGGAACUGGUAGCCUUUGCUUCCUCAUGCACGUCUUCUGUUGCGCGUAUUCAGUGUGCGUUAUGUGAUUUAAUGGUCAUCAGUUGUGUUUGCAGGACCUGGAGUAUUUGACCCCAAUUUUUUUAGAUUCAGUAGGCUCAUAAGUUGUCAACUAGUUUUAAUGGGGUCCUUUAAGUAUUAAAGUGUUAUCAAUUUACAGUUAAGGAAGCAGAUUUUGAGGUAGAAGAGUCUUUCUAAUAUGUCUUGCUAGGUACACUUUGGGCCAAAGAAUCUUUGUUAUUUUGUGUUCCGGCGGCUGACUAAUUUGUGGUUUCCUUCUUCGUUUUUCAAGUCAGAGGCAAGAAAUGCCUCUGAAGAAGGUUUUUAGGGGCGACUUAUGAAAUAUUUUUUGUAGUCCUUUCCUUAAGUCUUUUCACUUUUCUUGUGUCGUUGUUAUUUAGAGCCUUUUCUAGCUCCAGGUUGCACCAGUGAUGGACACAUUACUGCAUUUGCAAGCUGGUUUUCUCAGUACAGAGAUGAGGAAGUGAGGUUGCGCAGGGCAUCACCCCUCUCUUCCCUCUGUGCCUUGUAACCCACACUUCUGCUCUUUAUAAAUUUUAAUUUAUAAUAAGUUUUCUAAUAAACCAUUAAGAUGCCCCUGACGUAUCAGGGAAGACUGGCAGCAUGUGUGUAAACAGCCCUCUCUAUAGAGUGACAGGGCUCAUGACUCGAUGGUGAGAGUCACAGAUGACCCCUCCCCCAGCCUUGCUGGUUUCAACAUGCCGGUUUUCUUCAUGGUUCUUCCUAAAGUGGCU